CGCUGUCGCGUGCCGCACGCGUAACGUUCAACAGUUAGAGCCUACACGGCUGAACUGAUUCGAGCGUACGAUAAAUAAAUUAAAAAAAAAGAACAACAAGGAAAUCCCGUAGCGGAGUCGCGUAUCUAAAAUCCCCUUAGGGAGUCGAACGCUUCACCGAAUUCGUAAUUUCUUAUAUAAUUUUUUUAAAACAAAGUUGAUUAAUAUCAUAAAAAUCUCAAGUUUUCUUUAAUCAACGGUGGUAUAAGGUGGUCGACGGUCAUCGCUGUGUAGUAGUGGUUACUGGUGUUCGAGCAAGACACGCAUCUCCAGCACUGCGUGAAGCCCUUCGAGUUUUACGCGAAGCGUGGACAGAGCCCCGAGCGCUGACAGAUCGCUGGAAAGCGGUAAGCGACGAUUCGUGCGCGUCUUGCGAGCGGACAAGUGUGGACAAGAUGUGGGGGAAUGAGGUACCGGCACGCGCCGCCGCAUCACCUGGGUUGCUGCGCCGGCGGUAUUCCAUGCCGGAAACUAUCAUGAGAAAAUACAGGCUGGCUCAGCAGAGAUCUGAGGCUGAAGGCGAUGAAGGAGGACGUUGGAGUGCCUCUGGAACGGCAGCUGGAACGAGAAGUUCAUGUGCUUGGUGUGGUGCUCGAGCGGGUGGUGCGCGGCGCGAAAGAGAACAUAUGCGAAAAUCUGCCUUACUACGGCUAUGGGGCAGAGCUGGUGCAUCUCCAGCUCGAGCUUGUCCUUGUGUUCCCUGUGGUCCUUGCGGCACGCGUUCACUCGAUGCGUCACAUUCAGAAUUACGUACUUCACCUAGACGUCUCAGACUAGACUCCUCUCGAGAUCGACAUUCCGACUGCUCAUCCAGUUCUCCAGUUAGAGGCGCAUCCUCCUGUACCGACCCUAUUUCAGACUCAGCGAUUGCCAUGGAAAUAUCACCAAGACGUACCGGCAGUGUAGAUAAGACACGAAUAGUUUGUACACCUCUCAACAGUCCCGUUCUAAACGUUGAGACCACUGACCGAUCUCUUACUGAUUCUUCUGAUGCAUUUACAAAAUCUAUGCCAACAAUGAAAGAAGUUACAUUCAGAAAUCCCGAACCGUUCACUCAUGUUUCAACAAGCGAGUAUAUAGACGGUCGAGUGAGCGAAAGGUCAGUUAGUGCAGAAAAUGAGGAAAGCAAUGUCGUUCCAUAUAAUAAACCUCUAACUUUGGAGACGCCUCCUUAUGAUAUCCUAGAAAUCGUCGUAUCUGAAACAUUAGACGUAAGACCAGCUCCAGUAAUAAAGAGCAGUUCACCUGAAAAAUUACUUUAUAAAAGUCAAGUAUCCAAUUACAAAAACUCUAACAUAGAUAUAGAUGAGUACGUGUCUAAUAUUCUGGUUGAGAGUUUAAAUUCUCUAACCGAUCAGCUCGAGUCAAUGAACGCGUCAAUUGGGAGUGAUCGGAAGAUGAGCAUCGUUGAAAAAGAAAUCAAAGUAAAAUUACAAAACACCGGUGUUAAUACAAUUGUCCAUUUGAGCCCAACGUCUAACAAUCAAAUCAUAUUUGGUAACGAAGAGCUUUACGAGAGUGAUGGAAGGCGGGACAAUUGCAAUAAUCCGCGUGACUCGUGUAGUGUAAAUAUUCGCGAUGAAGCACUUAGUGUUGAAACUAAUAAUAAUGUUACUUCCGCUGAUAGCUUGCGACACGAAGAGGUAACACAUAACCAUAACCAAUCUAAGUCUGAGAAUUUCUUGAAUAUACCAAAUGAAAGUGUAAACAAAGCAGUUUUACAACAGAUACAGAAACUUUUUCAGGAAGAGCUUAAGAGCAUUGAACCAGAUGUACAUUCGCCAGAUGGAAAACGACCAGGAAUUUCGCACAUUGAGAUUUCAAAUGUUGAUGUCUUUAUAGAAAAUAAUGAUAGUUCAUUUCAAAAUACUGAGACCAUCGAAAUGCAGACGACAAGAAAUUCAGCGGGCGGUCAAAUGCUAGGGGGAGUUGUUUCUGGUAAUUAUUAUCAGGAAGUAGACGAUAAUGCUAUCGUACCCCGAUUUUCUGCCUUUCCGCACACCGAGUCGAUGGAAGUCAAUACAUCGUCUUCCGAGGAUGCUGAACUUUUGGGUUCAGAGUGCACAAGCCUUGUUGACAGUCUAGAUGAUCCAAACUCUCCGCGAUCGGUACUUUUAAGAAGAUCCUUUAAUAACAACAAAAGAAGUGAACUUGUGCGAUCAGCUAUAGACGUUUUAGAUUUACUACCUGAAAAUGCCAAUCAAACUAUAUCACCAAAAGAAAAAGGUGAAUCAUUCUUUAUAAGAAUAAAAGACGACGACUGCGACUGUGAAAAAGAGAACAUAGUAGUAGCCGACCAUAUGCCUGAAACUAUAAAACAGAGAUUAUACCGGCGUCACAGAAAACGAGAAAUGCGCAUGGAAUGUGCGCGUCGUAGUAAGGUGAAGCAAUUGAAACGAGAUAUUGAAUCUCAAAAUCGACAAGAACUCUAUAAAUCAAAGAAAGAAGUGGAAAAGGAAUGUAUGAUUAUAAUAAACGCAAUCAUAGAUGAUGUUAUUGCGAAAAUAGCACAAGACGAGUAUAAAUGUAUGCGUAUAAGUCAACGAUCAAAUAAAUUACUUGCUACAAAAUCAGAUGAAAAUUUAUUGAAAAAGCAAUGGAAGAAAGAUAGUAAAAAUAAUAAUAACAGAAAUGCACGGAAAUUAGUCAAAAAUAUCGUUUCUCAUUCGUGCUCAGAUAAUCUCGAUAAAGAUCAUAGAAAAAGUGAAAGACUUAUACGAGGCAAACUUUCUCUUCAAACGCAUCCACCAAUUUCGUCAGAUGAAGGUGGUCCUAAGCGAAUAUACCAAAAAUCGGAGAUACAUGACGGGAAUAAAUGUAUUGAAAUACUUGAGAUAAUCGAGUAUGUGAAUAGUUCACAAAAUUCUGACACGACCACUUCAGAUGAAAAUCAUAAUCUAAAUUCGAGGAAUAGAAAAUCAAGAAUUCCUGUUCCCGUGAAUGAGAAAGUUCAAAGGAUAUAUGAUGGUAAUACACAAAAGAAUAAAAGUAACAGCAGUAGAAGAACUCCACCGAUCCUCUCGCGAGAGAGAAACGGCAAACCGAGCCAUCUGCUAGCUAAUAUGUUGCUAGAGGCGCUGGGAGACGAAAUUCUCACGGAUGUUCAGGAUGCGCCCACACGUCGCGCUUCCGUUCCUUGCGAAUCACGUGCACGCUCAAAUUCAUUACGCUUUAAAAAUGUAUUUGAUAUUAUACCGGAAGAAAGAAGUAGCCUCAGCAUAGAAUCAACAGGCGAUGACUCCGCUUACAACCGUCGAGCAUCAGCUCCAAGUCUAAGUGACGGCUUAUAUUCGACCGAUCAGGAAGAAAAGAGAACCAAACCGACCGAAUCUAGCCAAUACUACGAUAAUAGAGGAGUAUCUAGAGAGAUACGAUGUGCAGAGAUGAAAAGUACAGGAACUUCGCCUAUUCACGAGGCGUACCGCGCACCAGUACAUGUCAAUGUGGGAGCGAUGACGUCACCGAUCCGCAAAUCGGCUUGUACGAGUCCGAUACGAAUAUCGAGCACCGAGGCGCGCGAACGAAACCACUGUCAGCAAACGAGCCGCAAGCAUCUGACGCAGCCAAAACUCGCCAAGCGGGCGUCGUCGCAGAGACACGAGGAGGAAGGUAUCGCGCGCACGCUUGCACCGCCGCUCCUAACCCACCGCACUGCUUUACCAUCUCUGUAGUAACUCCGAACGACUGGACUUUCACGGAGUUAUAGUAAUAGUAUGUUUAAUUCAUUGUUAAAUUAAAUCUGAUUUAUAUUAGCGAUAUCCUGCAAAGGUUGAAUUUACUAAAUUAUAUUAUAUUACGUAAAGUUAAAUAUAUUGUUAUGUAUAUGGAUUUCGAUAUCACUAAAGUUAAAUCUUUGGCGGAAAUUGUUAUGUUACAUGUUAUAUCGUAAGAGAUAAAGUUAUGGACACACAGUUACAAACACCCGUUGUUAUGACACUUGUAAUACGUUUAUCAAAACAUCACAGUAUUUCGAGAGGCACGCGAGCACGUAAUCGUUUAUGUAGUACGUAGUAUAUACAGUAUAUUUAUGAUCGAAGUCUAAUAAAACAUAUGAAAAUUG